CACACGGACCAUCUUGUUUUAUGAUUUUCAGUUCAACCUUCCAAGAUUUGUGAUUUUUAUGUGUACAAUAAUGGUACAGAGAACUUAUACUAUUGCAACUUUAAUUCUUCUUGCAACUGUCCUGCAACAAGGACAUUCCACUCCUGCAAUAGGGUUUAGUGCGAUCCUUUCAAAGGAUGUCUAUCUAGGCGACAACCAAGCCAUACAAUAUGACAGAGUACUGACUAAUAUCGGAAACGGAUACAACAAGUGGUCCGGACACUUCACAGCACCCAUUAAAGGACUCUAUGUGUUUUCAUGCACGGUUAUGGCUGAAAGUGAACACUAUAUAGCAGCUAUGAUGGUAAAGAAUGGCCACGUAAUGGCAUAUAUACAUUCAAAUCUUACUGCAUGGGAGACUGGGGCUAUAUCGGUGGUACUGGCUAUGAAGAAAGGGGACAAAGUAUGGAUACGCCGAUACCAUGGUAAUCGACUUAUCCAUGGGAAAUAUAACUUGUUUUCUGGAUACCUCAUUUCUACACAGAUAUGA